UUAGGAUAGAGCACUUCGAGGUAGCGGGAAAUUGUAGCGGGAAAGAUUUUCCUCGAUUUUCCUCGAUUUUCCCCGUGAAAACUUGAUUGUUAUGAGGAAAAUAAACCUCGGAAAGCUACGGUGCUCUACACAGUCUUCUGUUAAUGGUCAUUCUCCAAGUUGCCCUUCCACAAAAAGCCAAACCCAGGCUACAAUUUCGAGUUUCUUCGUUAGAAAACCAUGUUCCAAGUCGGAGGAUACUGACAACACAGGAGCGAAAGCUUCUAAGAGGACUAUCAGCAAGUCAUCUCAUGAUGAGGACAACAAUGAGUGCGUUGCACAGAAUUCUAAGAAGCAAAGACUUCAUCUGGAUCAGUCCAUGCAGGAUGGUGACCAGGGUGAUGACGACCAUUUGACAUUGACAAACAAGGAGACAUUAAGUUCUUCCACAAUGGCUAAAUUGAGCUGCUUUCAAAUGGACUCAAAUUUAAAGGAUCAGUCAUCUAGAAACAACGAGUUGGGAAUUAUAUCUCACUCCAGAAGUCACCAGGAAAAUUUCAAGUUGGAUAAAGAUUUUGAUAGCGAAAGUAGCGGGGCUCAUAUCUCUGUUCUUAACAAUGGUGAUAUAGAGGAAAUGGAGAUAAACAAUAGCAUUUCUCAGGAAAGCUUCAACUUCACAAAAUUUGCGUGCGUGUCGCACACACCUGUGAAAUCAAUCAGCAAGAUUAAAGCUGUACUGGACAAGAGUGACGCAGACAGUUUGAAGUCUUUGAACUCCAGGACUAGAUCUGCAUAUACACCACUGGAACUACAGUUUCUUGAAGUGAAGGCUAAAUACCCUGAUGUUAUUUUAUUUGUGGAGUGUGGGUAUAGGUACAGAUUCUUUGGAGAGGAUGCUGAGAUUGCUGCUAAGGUACUCAACAUUUUUUGUCAUAUGGAUCAUAAUUUCAACACUGCAAGUGUACCUACACACAGAUUGCAUGUUCACGUCAAAAGGUUGGUCAGUAAAGGUUACAAAGUUGGAGUGGUGAAACAAACAGAAACAGCAGCACUGAAAGCAGUGGGGGAAAACAAAAGCAAAGUUUUCACAAGAGAGCUGCAGGCACUGUAUACAAAGACAACAUUAGUUGGGGAAGAUAUGAAGACAUUGGAAGAAUUGGAUGAAGUUGACUCUGUGGAGAUGGGCAGUGGGUAUCUUAUGUGUCUUGUUGAGGUCGAUGUGCAGGACUCUAAAACAAGCAGUGACAAGAAAAUCUUUGGCUUGGUGGCUGUUCAGCCCUCCACUGGUGAUGUCGUCUAUGAUGAAUUUGAAGAUGAGCCAAGUUACACAGAGCUAGAGUCUCAUUUUGAGCACAUCAGCCCAGAAGAGUUACUCCUUCCAGAUUCCCUCACCGUACAAACAGAGAACUUCAUCAGGGAUUAUGUUACAAGGGUACAAAGACCGGAGAACAGUAUCAGACUUGAAAGAAUGCCUGAUCGACUGUUUGAUCACUCAGCAGCUCUGAACUGUAUCACAGAAUUCUAUGAAGAACAUAGACCUGUGCGAAAUGAGGACGUAUGCAAAGUGAAUAUCACAAGAGAAUCAAAUGAGCAGCAAAAAUGUUCAGCAUUGGAAAUGAUCCUCAAAUUACCCAAGUCAGUUCAGACGUGUUUUGCAGCACUUAUCCAGUACCUCAAAGAUUUCAAGCUAGAGAGAAUUCUCAGAUUAACAAGUAGCCUUUGCAGGUUCUCCAUCCAAAACAAAUGUCUAAAACUAAGUGGACAGACUCUAAGGAACUUAGAAAUAUUUAAGAACCAGACCAAUGGAAGUGAAAAGUCCUCUUUAUUCUGGGUCAUUAACCACACCACAACAGCUUUUGGCCGAAGACUCUUGAAGAAAUGGAUUUCACAACCCUUACGUGAUGUUAGAGCGAUUAAUACAAGGCUGGAUGCUGUGGCAGAGCUUUGCAGUCCUAGUGCAUCAUGUUUGUCAUCUUUAAAGGGUCAGUUGACUCAGCUUCCUGACUUAGAAAGAGGAUUAUGCACCAUUUACCACAAAAAGUGUACACCAGCAGAGUUUGUAGCGAUGUCACAAUCUCUGGUAAAGCUCAUGAAACAUGUUCAGUCUAACAAGGAAGCAGCUACAAGCAAACUGGAAUCUCCGUUGUUGAGAAACCUUUUUACUGAGGUCCCAAACUAUCUGGAUGAUGUUGGGGAUUUUCUGAAACUGAUUGAUGAACAUGCCGCCAAGGAUGGCGAUAAAACCAAGCUAUUUUGUGACCAGGCAAAGUUCCCUGCAAUUUUAAAAUGCAAUUUGGAGAUUGAAAAGAUUCUAGCAGAGUUGAAGAGCCACCGUUCUGAGUUUAGACAGAUUUUACGUCACCCAUCGCUGGAUUACUGUUGUGUAUCGGGGAAUGAGUUCUUGAUUGAAGUAAGGAAUACAAAUUUGAAGAUGGUGCCCAGCGACUGGAGCAAAAUUAGCGCGACCAAACAGGUUUCAAGAUUCAGGACGCCUUUUGUGGAGGACAAGUUCAAACUUCUCUGUCAGUGGCGUGAACAGCUCUCAAUCGCAUGUCAGGAGGCGUGGCUGGAAUUCCUGGCGCUGUUCUCAGAAGGGUGUUCCAGAUAUCGCAAGGCUGUACAUCACAUCGCUACACUCGACUGUUUGUUUUCCUUGGCUGCUGUAGCCAAGCAAACGGGUUUCACAAGGCCUGUUGUGAAGGACUGUGAAGCCCACAUUUACAUCAAACAAGGACGGCAUCCUGUUUUGGACUCCUGUCUGCAAGAGAAUAAACAAUAUGUACCAAAUGAUACGCGCAUGAAUGUAAACAGCAACCACUGUAUGAUCAUUACUGGACCAAAUAUGGGAGGAAAGAGUUCUUACAUCAAACAGGUUGCUUUGAUUGCUAUUCUGGCCCAGGUCGGCUCGUUUGUGCCAGCCGAGGAAGCACGGGUUGGAGUCUUGGACGCGGUUUUCACCAGAAUGGGAGCUACAGACAACAUUUACAAAGGGCAAAGUACGUUUAUGGUCGAACUGCAGGAAACUUCUGAUAUAAUUGCCCAGGCCACACCGAAGUCACUUGUCAUUCUGGACGAGCUGGGCCGGGGUACUAGUACCCAUGAUGGCACGGCCAUUGCGUAUGCUACUCUACAUCACUUCAUUAGUCAGGUUUCCAGCCUGACUCUCUUUGUAACACAUUAUCCGUCACUAGCCGAGCUCGACGCCAUCUUCCCAAACCAAGUCACUAACAACCACAUGGCGUUUAUGACGUCAGAAGAGGAACAAGAGCAACAGAGCACCAUACAGGAUACUGGGGGAGGGGAGGCUGAGGAGCAGCACUUACCGUCUACUGUACCGUCGGUGACGUUCUUGUAUCACUUGGUGAAUGGAGCUGCGGCGAGAAGUUAUGGCUUAAAUGUGGCUCGCUUAGCAGGCGUUCCAGAGGAAAUACUCAAAAAGGCUGCCGCAAAAUCACGAGAACUGGAGAACUUGAUCACAACAAGACGUUCCAUCAAGACUAGUUUCCAAGACUUGUUUUCAAGCAAGCCGGUCACACUCGAGACGAUUGAACACCUACGGAUGGAAUUGGAAAAGAUUGCAUCUGAAGUAUAGACAAACAUUUGACUGCAGGCCUUGAUCUUAUAGUCAAUCAACUUUUUAAGCUUUUGUUUGCAGAACUACACGCACUAUCUGAAGUCAAAUUAAAGUGGGAAACAGUUCCUUUUGUUGACUUUUUCGUGUGCGUCAGUCUUAAAAUGUCUAGAGAACACUAUUUCACCCACUGCUCCCUUUUUCAAGGGAAAAGUCUUAGCACGGCCUAGGGACUGAAAGUAGGGAAUGUUUGAACGUCUUCGGAAAUCUUGGGAAGGUCCUCGGAUAUCUUUCGAUGUCUUCGGGUAUGUUCGGGUCUCUUUGAAUUCUGGCUAGUCCCAGGAUUUAAAAAGCUCAAGCUUGUGAAUCGGAAAGAGUAGGCAGAUAUGUGAAGGGAAGUGAAACAUUUUGUUAGUUUCCCUUGUCUUUGUUAUAAUAAAAGCUCGAAUGUGAACA